AUUAGUCAUUGGAGCUUGUGUUCAGUGAUUUCUUAGUAAACUCACUUCGCAUAAAUCCAAUUAGGCAUAACCUGCAAUUCCAGGACUCAACUUGAUUGCGAAAAACACAGAUAUGAAGUGUAUCCCAUCGCUUGCGAAUGGGAAUGAUGGUAAUGUUGUCCUCUGUAAGGUGUACAAGAAGAAAGAUUCAAAAGAGGAGAAACAGGGACGAGGUCCAGAGGGAAGCAACGUUAUGGGAAAAGGAAAGACGUGUCCGGGAAGUUCUGAGAAAGGAGCGAAAAUUUUGAACCAAAAGACUCAAUUUGUGCACGGUGCGUUGUCUUCAGCAACUCCUCUCAACAUAAAGGAGACUCAUCAUUCAGAAGCUGCCAUACAGCCAUCUUUCUCAACUGAGCCCUACCUUAAGGGCUUUCAUCCAACAGAAGUCGUUGCAUCAAGCACAGCAAAUCACUGCAUAGAUACUGCACCAGUUGAUGAUGAUCCUAAACUGUAUUACCAGCUGCCUGCUGCAUUGGGUUCAGCUAAUCCCUACAUUCAGGAGACUCUUUCAGAAGCUUGUGUAGAUGCUGCACCAGUUGAUGAUCCUAAACUGUAUUACCAGCCUCCUGCUGCAUUUGGCUCUGCUAUGCCCCACAGUCAGGAGACUCAUUCAGCAGACGCGGCACCAUGCACAAUCAACCACUCUUCACCUGCAGAACCAUGCACUAUGGCUGCAUCUUCGUUGAGCAGUAUUACACCAACUGAUGAUCGUAAUGUGUAUUACACAGAGCCUGAAUGGGAACAGGAGAUCCAGCGAUAUCUAAGUUUUGACCCAAUCGAUCAGCUGAAUGACCGUGAUGACUUUGACAGGGAGUAUUUUACUCCAUUUUUCAAUAUGUAGCUAGCUAGCACCAUGCCCAGCCAUACAGAUGCAUAUAGAUGAUUGCUCUUGAUGUAUAUAUUGACGUCCUUUCCCCAUUCAAACUUUUGAUCUUGAUGUGUUUAUCCAAGUUAAUUUCAAUAGAUCCAUAUCUUUGUUUUAGUUAUUUGAUCCAUGCUUUUUCCUAAUUUCGAUGGAAUUAGAUGCAUAUAAAGAUCAUUGUUUUUC